AUGGCAAGGUCAGCGGAUAGUUGUUGCAUUUUGUAUAUGAGGUUGAGCGAUUAUGGGGUGAAUGGCAAUACCUUCAAGUUGGAGAAAGCAAUAUGUAAUCACGGCUUCUUCAUGAUGGCUCCAAACCAUUGGGACACUCUCACCAAAACCUUCACUCGCCCAUUGCGCCUCACCACCUCUCUCUCUGUCAUUGUUUCCGUCUCUCAACCACCAGCACAAAAUCAACUUCUUCUCAAAAUUCAUCAUGCAACCCUACUUUCUCCUGAAGAUCAACAUGCCAUCAAGGUGGCGAGAAUGUUUAGAUUGUCUGUUGUAGAUGAAAAUGCCAUACAAGAAUUCCAUAAGUUACACCUAGACGCAAGAAACCAAGAAUUUGGUCGUCUGUUUCGCUCUCCCUCACUCUUUGAAGAUAUUGUCAAGACUAUUCUUCUGUGUAAUUGCAAUUGGCAGCGAUCACUAGAAAUGGCUAAAGCGCUUUGCAAGUUUCAAUAUGAGCUUGACAAAGGUGUUCUUGUAAAGAGAAAUGGUAGAACCUGGAGAAGGAAACAACGAUCAGUAGUAGAAGCAUGCAGCUUAGGCUUAGGAAACUUUCCAAGCUGUGAGGAGAUUGCAUUGCUAAGUGAAAGUGAUGAGCUUAACAAAUUCUGCAAUUUGGGGUAUCGAGCCCGUUUCAUUCUUCGCCUUGCUCAACACAUUGUGAGUGGCAAGCUUCAACUACAAAAAUAUGAGAUGAUGAUGAUGAAUGAUAAUACCGAAACUACAACACAAAUAAUGGCAUCCCUUCAAACAAUAAAAGGAGUUUCCAAGUUCGCUAGUGCCAAUAUCAUGAUGUGUCUGGGCUACUAUCAGUUCAUCCCUUGUGACACCGAGACCAUUCGUCACUUGAAGGAGUUUCAUGGAAUUAAAGAUUGCUGCAAAACAAGUGUUGCAUCGAAUGUCAAAAUGCUUUAUGAGACUUACAGUCCUUUCAAUUGCUUAGCAUAUUGGUUUGAACUUGUAAAGGAAUAUGAAAGGCAACUUGGAAAGCCAUUGAGUGAGUUGAAAAAUUCGGAAUAUAUCUGUGUCACCGGCAAGAAAAGCUAA